AAUUCCAACAAAUACAAACCACUACUGAAACACAAUCAUCUACCCUUAACUAAACCAAUUAUUUUGUCCCCUUGUUCCUCCGUAUUUUGAUCAUACCUGAACGAGUAGACUCACCACGUGUCCGUACAAUAUCACAUGAUUACCCUCAAGAACGUAUUUUGUUCUCUUAUCAUUCAAAUGGUUGGAUCUAUCUUGAAACCAGAAAAAGUCUUGGGGUCGAUAAACUAGUUCUUUAUGUCUUGUGGUAUAGGUGUUGGCGUAUUGUUUUAAUGUGUUGGUUAUUAAAUGGCGGAAUCGAGUGCGAUGCUUUGUGACUAUGAUUCUUCAUUGGUUAGUACAAUUUUUACCAUUAAGCUUUAUAAUCGUUGUCCUAACAGCAGUCUUCGGAUGAUGGGAGUGUUGAAGAGACACGAAGGAGUUCAAAGAGCCCUUUGAUAUCCCAGGUAAUACGCGUUCAAAAUGCAUAAUAAAGUUGCUAAGUGAAUAGUAACAUUGAAUAUGAGUGGAUAUUUGAUAACACUAGUUAAUAGAUAAUACUUUCACGACGAAAGUGAUUUAGAAUAGCUCUUGUUUGGUUUUUACUAGAAGUCCGGGUUUCAUUGCUCAAAGAUAAUAGAACCAUUUGGUUAUUUGGUUCUCUUAAUCUUCCCUGUCUUAUUCUUGCGGAGCAGUGUAAUAUAUUCAGUAAAACAGGCUAUUAUCUAAGGUGUCCAAGGCAUGACUCGUAUUCGGCUUUGAAACGUAUCGAGUGUAGCUGUCUCAUAAAAGAGGCAUGGUUUGUCCCGUGUUAAACACGUGACGUUUUCAUUACUCUGAAUUUCGAAACCAAUUUACCAGACUAACAGUUAUUGUUGCGGCAUUUUCUGUCGUGCAAGUAGUGGCGUUUAAUUUGAUUUAGUUCAUGACUCAUGGUGACAGAUCGAUAUCGUGAGAGUUCAUUCACUAACCAUAGGGAAUGUAAACGUUUGUGGAUCUGUCAUUGUCGUUCGAUUGGAUUCUUUUUUCACCAUUCAAAUCGAUUGCCAACAAGUUUCGAAAUCGUGUUCGAUACUUGUAGUAUUUGCGCGUACAUUUAGCAAUACAUUACAACUUCUUUGCUUUUAUAACUUCACUCAUUGCUCACAGUGAAUAACAGUCCCUAUGCCGUUCGGACCUUCGAUGUUCAGUUCAGAUGACUCUGGUGUCUGAAUUCCGUUCUGCCAAGGCCUAAUGGUGUCAUAAGGACCACCGAAAGUUGUAGUUAAUUAAUUGGUGAGUCAUUGCAAUGGUGAUUGUUUUUUAAACAAAUUUCGAAGUGUGUUUUUAGUGUUUUGUGAAUUUAGGUCUGUAUAAUAGCUUGUUUCUUUUCUCAGGAGGAAAAUAAGAAUGCUGCUACAGUAAAAGAUGGGGUUCAACUCACUAUCGAAACAAAAAAGAACUCUUCUAUGGUUGUAUCUCCAUCACCUAGCUACAUUAUUGAUGGUAAACGUCGAUCGAGGAGUCGUGAACAUAGUCCUUCAAGGCGACACCGCAAACGAAGUUGUGCGCUCAGGUACGUCGUUAAAAUAUAUCGCGAAUAAAGUUAGUGCGCUAAGAUUCCUGACUAAUUUCGAGUCUGCAGGUCACACAAGCUCUUUCUAUAACCUAGCCAGAACAGCCCUAGGCACCCAAAUACUCUUAUACGGCCGAGCGUGAGGAAAGUCUGUUCUCCCUCGAAAUGCUCUCAUACGACCACGUGUAUAUACCGGCUACCAGGAAUGCCCUAUUUAUUACUUUCUAGCGGUGGGGGUAUUCACAGAAUUACUUGCGCCUGUCACUCAGUGGAGCAUAGGCGUAAAAUGAAGCCUAACUCGAUGUGAUGGGUAAAAAGAAUACACCUAGAUUAGUUGGAAAAUCCUAAUUCCGAAUCAAUGGUGCACAUGACCUCCAGGAUUUUGAAGGGACAAAUGGCGUAUAAACGUAUUAUUGUCCACUGGCUCCAUGGAGCCACAUCUGACAUCGCUUCACUGCCUUGUGGAUAAGACCUCUAGGCCUGAGGCUCAGGGAGUGGUCUCUUAAGAAAGCCACCUGCUUCGGUUUCGGCACCCAUGCAGUAUGCUAGCCUACACAAAUCAUUGUAUUUGUGUAGUGCAUAUAUAUAUCUUUUUGGGCGCUUGUUUAUACCAGUGUUGGUAUUAAAAUGAAUAUUAUUACUGAGUAGUUCGGUAUGUCAUAGUAUGCAUUACAGUCAGUUCAUUAACUUUCACUUUAUAAUUUCGUGUACUUUUCUGUACUGAUUUACAACAAACUCCAUAAGAUUUUUUGCCUUUAUCACUGAUUUCAAUCCGGUUGGUUUGGAUCUUACAUACAACAUGAUUUACAGAAAUGAAAAACGAAGGAAAGUAGUUUAUUUCAGUCAGAUUUCCUUACAUAGUUUUCCCUAAUAGUGUAUUCAACCAGCCAAAAGAAUUGCUUUCAUUAGUUUGGUAGCAGAAAAGCACUCAUGGCAAGAUGGGAACAUUUAAGACAUGCGGACCACCUUUCUUUUGAGUGUGGGACAGUCACGAUCACUGAUUUGGAAGACAUACAUUUACUGUUAAAAUCAUCCUAUUAGAUCUCAUUAGUUGUCCGGUAGUCAUUCUUAACACUUACAUUCUUGAUCCGACUUCUAAAUAAGUGAAAUGAAAUCCAAAAACAACCAAAAAGCUAACUGUCCAACGGGACCCUACGAAAUAUGAUUGUGGAAGUGAAUUAACUGAUGUAGUUUAUUCUAGUAGGUCUUUUGGGAUAGGAGGUCGUUGUUUUUUUUUCAUCAGUACUUCUCGCUGAUUAACUGUUAUAACUCUCUUUCUUCUUAUGGUUAUGACCCAGCUAUUCCUAUUGCUUAGUAUUCUCGGACACCGAUUCACUCGGCAAGUCCCCAAAUCAGAACACGGUUGAACAGGAAAGAGAUUAUAUUACAAAUAGCAAGUCAGAAGCCAGUAGGAAGCACAAUAGAGAAAACGUCAGUAUAUUUAUAGUUUUUUACAUGAGAAGAUUCUAGAAUAUUCUCCAACUAUCGACUAGUGCUGAUUGGAUAAGAAUUAGCCAAUCAGCGUGCACCAAAGCAAUCAUGCAUUGAGCAUGCUUUAAUCUAGUCUAUGUCCCGCUAACAUUAACCAUAAACGUAAUUUCUAACCAUAGUUCCGUGCAAUUGAAUAAAUAUUGAUGUAAUGUUCGCAAAGCUUAGUCUACCAACUUGCUGUAUUUACCGACAGUCCACAGGUGAACGACAGCCAUAUUGUCGCAAUUCCCACUUAUUUUUAAUUGUAAUAAACAUCACGAGUACUAGUGCUUUGCAUCAGUUAAUUUUUUAUCUGUACACAAAGUUCACACUUCAAUCGUUAUUCGGUCUGUCACUGCACCCCGCGAUUGUCGGUAUUUUUCAAAUUUAUUAACUUAGUCGACAUAACGAGGUGCUAUUAAUGUCGAGGAUUAGUGAGGUCUACUGACAAAACUAAAGUCGCACGUUACAUAAGGUCCUAAAACAUAAACACAUUCAGACGCCCCACAAUAGUAGUAUUCCUCGACCUUAAGGCGGCAUUUGACCCUGUUGAUCGUGAGGUUCUAUAGCAGUGUUCACCACUGAAAGGAGUACCAAAGAAGUACAUUAACCUCAUACAGGGUCUCUACUCGAACACAACUGGCCGGGUGAGAGCUUAUGGCGAACUGUCAUCAGAAUGGAUUACCUCAAGUGGUGUUCGUCAGGACUGUCCACUCUCUCUAUUCUUGUUUGAAUUUGUCGUUGACGUGCUUUUAGAGAUAACACUUUCCUUAUCUGAAUUUCCAGCAGUUGAAUCUCAGCACGGAUACAGAAGGCUUAACUAGCUUUUGCCAACUUGCGUCAUUUAAGGCAUAGGCGAGAUAUCCGUCUAUCAACCAAAGGAUGGGUUUACUGCGCAGCAGUUCGUUCCGUCCUACUUUAUGGCAAUGAAACGGGGCCGGUAAGAGUACAGGAUAUUAGGUUACUAGUAUUCGAUCAUAGGUGUUUUCGAAGCAUUACUCGUAUAUCCUGGGACCACCGGGUAAGUAAUGCAGUUGUUAGAAAACAGAUACUGGGUAAGGAUGGAAAAUCAAUUGAUGAAGUAGUGAAACUUGAGAUGGUUGGGACACGUGUUACGUAUGCCCAACCACCGAUUGCCCCGGCGUGCGAUGUUUUAUGGUGUAGGAGUAGGUUGGAAGAAAGCUAGGAGCGGCUAGAACAAAACAACACAAAUCCAUGAAGUCACUGGCAAGUGAACUGAGACAUGUUGGUAGGUCUAGGCUACCUGGUUGGGAUCCGCGAGACGAUAGCAACCGAUGGUUAGAGACUUUGAAUGACAUGGCGCAGGUGCAUCCGCUCUUUGUGCUCUCAUUUCUAAUCUUCUGAAUUCUUAAUGUCCUUUUUUUCUCUUUCCGAAUUUAUUUCACUGGAUUAUACUCCUUGAAUAACAUCUUCAAACCCUAAUCUUUCCGAUUACUGCUUAUACAUUUACUACCUCUACCACUAUGGGAUUUGAAUCGACAAUUGUAUCUGGGUUUUAAUGUGGUAUGGCAACUUGAACUGAUGUACGUACGUACGUAGUACUACAUUGUUGCUGACUGACUGAAAGUUGCACAAAUAUGGUAGAAUUGGUGCACGGCAAACUAAAAUCUAUAUCCAUUACUUAUUUCCUCAUGUCUUUUGUUCAAGCGCAAAAGUUGGAAUGCUACUUAAUCACUUGAAUGGGACGACUUAUGAGACAACAGAUCUUCUAAUAGUUGACAUAUGUUACUGUCUUUUUAUUUUCGUGAACCUCAUACUUUCGUAAAUUCUAUUCUGAUGUUUAAUUGGUUCAGAUCUGAUCGCGGAAGUCCAAGUGAACGUGUGAGCUCCUCAAAACACAAACGUUCAUCCCACCAUUCGAGGCACAAACAUUCAUCCAGAAAGCAUCAUCACCGUGAUUCCCACUGUAGUGACUAUAAACAUCGUUAUCGCCGAAAGCAUCGACGUCACAGUUCAACUUCAUCUACCAGUUCAUCUAGUGAUACUAGCCCUGAAAGCAAACCUAGUCGGCGUGGAAGUCAUAAUGGUAGAAAUUCAACACAACUCCUCACAACAAGUUCCAAGGAUUAUUUCACUUCGCAACCGAAGCCAGAAAACCAGAACACUAACCUCAUUAUCUCAACGACGGGAGUCACCGUGACGACAAAUUCUCCGGCAGUUUCUAGUCAAAGUACGAAUCUUACUGUCUUAACCUAUCAGUAUUUCAGAUCAUAAAAUUAGAUUUUAGAAUACAAUUCAUUAGCCACUGAGGAAAAUGUUAGUAGAUAUAAAAAAAAAAACACUAAAACAAGAAAAUACUUCUGGGGUAACUAACUGUUCGAGGAUUAAGAGAUUUCAGCUCAACAUAAAAGUACUACGAUGAAUGUUCCUGUGCAGCGGUUAACAGCACAAGAUAUAUUAGACAAAAUACAAAAGCAUCAACAAGAGCAAGCCAAAGCUCAAGCAUUAGCCGCUGCCGCCGCCGCGAAGCUCCCGAAAUACUAUAACCCAACCACUGUCAAUGCCGUUAAACUCGCAGAGCAACAACAAAAGCGCAAAUUAUUGUGGUCCAAAAAAGAUGGUGAAAACACUAGUUCU